AUGGCGUCAACUUCCUUAUCCCUCAUGCCGUCUUCCACUUCAGUCCCAGCCGCCCCCUCACAGACUGGCAAUGGAGGUGGUGGAGGCGGUGGAGGAGGAGGAGGAGGAGGAGGUCCUACAAGCUCGCCACUGUUAUUUUUCGUCGCUUUAGGUUUCGGUGUCGUGUUUACAAAUCUAUGGAUUAUUGUGGGUGUCAAAUACUGUUUCAGAUACAAUCAACGGAAUCGUCGUGCUCAGCAAGAUGAAAAUGGCGACCCUAUCGAUCUGGUGGCAAUGCCACAUGGACCGAGGAGAAGGAGGCGAGAAAAGAAAUUGAUGACGAUGGAUGAAGUCAAUGAAAGAUUUCCGUUGAUAAAAUACAAAGCAUGGAUGACCACUCGUGCCGCAGAAGGGCUGUCGACUGCUGGUGGAGUUGCUGCUCCUUCAGCAAGUCGAGCUGCUAGCAUCAGAAAUGCCGACGGAGCUCUACCACGAAUAUCUGAGGACGGCAAAAGACCCACUACUCCGGCGACGAAAGAGUCGAUGGAUGAGCAUGAGCAUACUCCAGAGCCUACUCCGGUGUCAAUCAAAGAUCAGAAGCCAACGGAGGAGCAAAAGAAUGACGAGCCCAAAUCGAAGGAGCCGGAGACAACGCCCGAGGCGAAACCUAUGGAUACAGACACAAUUGCCCCAACGCGAACAAACGACGAGAGCCUAGCGGCUGACGAUGAUGAUGACGACCAAAUACAAACAGCCAUUCCCACAGACAUGAUGAACACGCCAGGUGACCAGUGUGCCAUUUGCAUCGACACCUUAGAAGACGAUGACGAUGUUCGAGGUCUAGCAUGUGGCCACGCCUUCCACGCAAGCUGCCUCGAUCCAUGGCUUACCUCUCGUCGUGCUUGUUGCCCGCUUUGCAAAGCCGACUAUUAUGUACCGAAGCCUAGGUCAGAGGCUGAAAUUGCCGCCGACAAUGAGCGACAAUCUGAUCGACGAUCGCAAGGUCAGAGAUUGGAUGCGCUACAAGCGCCCCCAUAUGCAUUUCUACGCCAUGGUCCCAGCAGGCCGACCCUGCGCUUUCCAUUCAUCGGAGGAGAGCGCCCCCCGGGUGAGCGGUACGGUCUCCCUACUCGGAACAAUCCGAACAGGCGGAUGGGCCAUCGUCAUGGACGAAGUUCAGAUCAGCAAGAGGGCGAGCAACGAAGGACGCUGCCGAGAUGGAAUGUUUCCAGACCGAAUAUUCGAAUGCCUGGUUUCCUACGCCGAAACAGACAAGACCCUAACAAUACACCAGCGGAGACUAGCGCUCCUGAGGCCACCCAGGCCACUCAGUCUACCCCGAGUCAGCUCGAAGCUGGGCAGAGGUAG